AUGACUAAUAGAUUAAUUAAUAGAUAUGUAAAAGAUUACAAUGCUGAACAUUUAAAUUAAUAAUAAAAUUUUGUAUUGACAGAUAUAUAGAGUAAUUUCAACACAAAAAUUAUUGAUAAUCCAUAUUAAUAGGUUGAAAAAGUUAUACCAAAUAAUAUGAAUAUUUAAAAAAUUUCAAUUUGUAUAGUAAAAAAUUAAACUAAUAAUUUGAUGAAAAAAUAAAGAAUAAAUCAAAAAAGUAGAUACAAAUGAAUAUUAGAACUUAUAGGUGAAAAUAUUUAUAAAAAAGAAUUAAAUUUUAUAAUGAAAGAAUAAUAAUAGGAAUACUAAUAUUUUGAAGAAAAACAAGAUGAAGAAGAAGUAUAUGUUGAUAAUUGGAAUAAUUAAUAAUUAUCUAAAAUGAGUUAACAAUUAAUAUAGCAUAUCUGA